CGACUGUUCCUCUGCACUGCAGCCACCUACAAUGUGCAUGUAUGAAUUCGAAUUAGGGGGCAUGUGUGUUAUUUAAAGGUGUUUAUAACCUAAUCUUCCAUUUGGAUUCUUAUAUUAGUAGACAGGAAUAAAUGUGCUAACAUAAAUACUAUAUGGACUAACGCUGACGCGAAUUUAUAUUUUAGACGUGGACGCUGAACAUAUAAAGGAAUUUCAAAAUGGACGUACAACGACAUUCUGUGCACACACUUGUGUUUCGGUCACUGAAACGUACACAUGAUAUGUUUUUGUCAAACCAAGGCAAUUUGCCACCAGUGGAUCUUGAACUAUUCUUUUUUUAGAGAAAAAGUGAAAAAAAGUAUCAAAGCCAAAGAUUGUUAUGGUCCGGUAUUGGAACGUGCUAGACACAAUAAUAUAGUUAGAGCACAGCAUGAAAACGAUUCUUCAGAUCCCCCUCCACCAGGCGAUGAAUCCUUUGGUGGUAACAUGAGUACAGCCAUUGUAGCUUAUAGUUCAGGACCAAGUGGAAUUGCUGUAGCAACACCUGCAGCAUCAAGUAAUCAUUCAAGUGGUACUUUAACACUGCCCCAGAAAAAAACCCCAUCUAUGGCUAAACCCAAGUGGCAUGCACCAUGGAAAUUAUGCAGAGUUAUCAGUGGUCAUCUUGGUUGGGUGCGCUGUUGUGCCGUUGAGCCUGGAAAUGAAUACUUUGCAACAGGUUCUGCAGACAGAGUAAUAAAAAUUUGGGAUCUUGGAUCUGGUAAACUAAAAGUCUCCUUAACUGGACACAUUAGUAGUGUAAGAGGGUUGGCAUUUUCCCACAGACAUCCUUAUUUAUUUUCUUGUGGUGAGGAUCGUCAAGUGAAAUGUUGGGAUCUGGAGUACAACAAAGUCAUCAGACACUACCAUGGUCAUCUGUCAGCUGUUUACUCUCUGGCAUUGCAUCCAAGUAUUGAUGUUCUAGUAACUGCUGGUCGAGAUUCGACUGGACGAGUUUGGGACAUGAGAACCAAGGCCAAUGUUCAUACUCUCGUUGGCCAUACUAAUACAGUCGCUAGUGUUAUUUGCCAAGCAGCAGAACCACAGAUUGUUACGGGCAGUCAUGACUGUACUAUACGACUCUGGGAUUUGGCUGCUGGAAAAUCUAGAGCUACUCUUACAAAUCACAAGAAGAGUGUUCGGUCUGUGACAUUCCAUCCAAAUCUAUAUAUGUUUGCUUCGGCCUCGCCGGACAAUAUAAAGCAGUGGAAGUGCCCUGAGGGAAAAUUCAUCCAAAAUUUAUCUGGACACAAUGCUAUUGUUAACUGUUUGGCAGUUAACGCAGAUGGCGUGUUAGUAUCUGGUGCUGAUAAUGGCACCAUGCAUCUGUGGGACUGGAGAACAGGGUAUAAUUUCCAACGUCUCCAAGCACCAGUCCAACCCGGAUCUAUGGAUAGUGAAGCUGGAGUAUUCAGUAUUACCUUUGAUGUGUCAGGUACUCGCAUGAUCACUACGGAAGCUGAUAAAACGAUAAAAGUUUAUAAGGAAGACGAUACUGCGACGGAAGAAAGCCAUCCUGUUAACUGGAGGCCAGACAUAAUUAAGCGAAGGAAAUAUUAGAUGAAUUACAUAUACGUUUAAUGACAUUUCAUACGACGGACUUUCACACGUGGGAUUUUUUCAGAACAAAUAAAAACGUCAUUUUAUUAAC